GACUAGGGUCGGGAAUUCAAAAUUCAGUCGCUAAACAAAUCUUCUUCUCUUCUCUUUCAUCCCCAACUUCCACUUGUGCUACCUUUUUCCGCUCCAGUCCAUUCCAGUACCAUUCCAUACGCAGGCAGCAUUCUCGUUUCCAUCUCUCGAGUACCUUUUUCUUAUCGCAAGCAAGAUUUCACAGAGUCCUCCAAGAUCAACAGCCAUGUUCGAUCCGCAGAAUUUCGUGGAUUUGCGAGGGGAUCCAAGUUUCGGGGAGGACUCCAAAUCGUGGCUUUCUGGUCCUCCAAACUCUUCCCCAACUCACUCCCAAUUAACCAGCUCCCAGAUUGCCGCCCACUGUGCCGCCGCCGCAUCUACUUCCAAUGGCGGUGGAAAUGGCAACCUCCAUCGUGUUCUCUUCAACGAUCUGGUCGAGAUCGUCCCUCUUGUUCAGUCCCUCAUCGACAGGAAAGCCAGCAGUUCUUUUACGCGGCGGGGUUCAAUAGUAUAUACCAAGACGCCUUCCAGAGAGUCUUUGUCCAAAAAGGUGAUUGAUCGUAGGAAUAGGAAUACAACUCAAUCUAUUCCUGCCAAAAAGAAAGGGGAUCGUGGAGAUAAGGAUGAAAGUAAGAGUGUUGGAAAUACUCAAGAUGCCAGCGACUUCACAGUGUUUACCUCAAGGGCUUUUGCUGCCGACAAUAACACAGAUGAGUUAAUCACAUUGAGGGAACAAGUGGAAGAUCUGCAGAAGAAGUUAUCCGAAAAAGACGAGUUAGCAAAAUCAUUGGAGAUAUCAAAAAGCCAGAAUGAUGCAAUUCAAGCUGAGUUAAAUGAACUGAAACAGCAGGUUUCUGAAAAGGAGUCUUUAAUAAGGUCCCAUCAAGUGCAACUCUCUGAUGCCAAGAUAAAACUGGCAGACAAGCAGGCAGCACUAGAGAGGAUUCAAUGGGAAGCAAUGACAUCGAACAAAAAGGCUGAGAAGCUUCAGGGAGAGCUGGAUUCCAUUCAAGGAAACAUCUCGUCAUUGAUGCUGUUAUUUGAAGGCUUGACAAAGUGUGAUAUGUCAGCACUCAGUGAAGAUUAUGACAGCAAGCCAACAUAUUUAGACUAUGAUCCUGACAUUGACGAUUUGGACGAUACGGACAUUAGGGAAAUGGAAGAGGCACGCAUAAGUUACAUUGCAGCUGUUGCUGCGGCGAAAGAAAAGCGUGAUGAGGAAUCCAUUAUUGCAGCUGCGCUUGCUAGACAACACCUUCAGUUUCUACUUUGUAAGCCUAGUGCUGCAAAUCCAUUCAAGAAACUGACCAAUGCUAUGGCUUCUGAUUCUUCUUCAAGCAUAGUACCUGUGCGCUAGGGUCUUCUUAUUCGGUUGUAAGCUAUAACUAACAGAUUGUCUGUUUCCGAAGCUGUGGGAGUGUUUCAUUUUCAUAACUUGUGGGUGUUUUUAGAAGUAUAGUGUGGUUAGUGUGCAAAGUUAUUGUGUUGAUGGUGCUAAUCUGUUUAAUCCACAUACUUAUUGAAAUCUUCAGCUUGCAAAAUUAUUGAACAGAUCAGUUUUACUAUGUGUAGAAGAGAGUACAUUGUGAUUGAUGUAUUCCGAGUUCUGAUGAUAAGAAAAUGAAGGGGACAAAAAAAAAAGAAAUCCUGUUGGAGGAUUACUGUAGCACUAGCCUGUCCUAUUCCUAUAUAGCUCAUGUAGAAGAAGCAUGUCAAAGGUAAGCAACAAGAAGGGGAUCUCAGUCGAUGGAGUUUCUUCGAAAUCUACAGCACUGGAAACGAGCACAAUUCAUCCUGUGCUUCCGCAGGUGAAAGUUGUCUUCUGGUUUUGGCAUUUGUACUGGGCUCCCUACCAUCUCUUCCCACUGCAAUACAGGGAAGGAAAAGGAGCCAGAGCUGGAGGACUGCGAAUUGUCUCUGCUGCUGCCGGAUUCGGCGGCAGCGGAGGUCCCGAAUUGGUUUCUGUCUAUCUCCCCCAAUGGAUGCCGCCUGAAGCUGCAGUUCUCUUCUCCCUAUAAGAAGAGGAAAUGAAUGAAACAAAACAAGGUAGGCAAUGAUGGAUGGAGUUCUACUAACUAAUGUGCUUGUGUCAUAUACAUGUUCCACCUGCUGAGAAUGAAGCACCUCUGGUUUUACACUUGACCCAACAAUGCCAUGCUGAUGAGCAGUUGGCAAUGGUAACUUCUCCUCCCAUCUCCCUUUCCCUGCUGCUGCUGAUGAUGAUUCAUCCCUCCUACCAUUUUCCUGAUUGCCAUAAUUCAACUAAUUGGAAAAGCAAUAUAAAGCGACAGUUAUCCAACAACAAACAGAAGUCCUUGGAUCGCAAGGUAAAAGCUGUUUCAAAGGAAGGAAAAGAGUAUUGUUAAGUUAAG